AUGAUGAGAAACCAAACAGUCACAACGUUUACCCUGCUGGGACUGACGGACAACCCACAACUGAAGGUUGCGAUUUUUAUCUUUUUAUUUCUCAGCUAUAUCUUGAGUGUAACUGGGAACCUAACAAUCAUCUCCCUCACCUUCAUAGAUUCUCACCUUAAAACUGCCAUGUACUUUUUCCUACAAAAUUUCUCCUUCUUAGAAAUCUCAUUUACAUUGGCUUGUAUUCCCAAAUAUUUGUACAAUAUCUCAACGGGUGACAAGACAAUCACAUAUGACUAUUGCGCCAUUCAAACAUUUUUUAUAGACCUCUUUGGUACUACGGAAUUUAUUCUUCUGGCCACCAUGUCCUAUGACCGAUAUGUGGCCAUCUGCAAACCCCUACAUUACGUGACCAUCAUGAGUCACAGGGUCUGUAGAAGACUUAUCCUUUGGUGCUGGGCAGUUGGCUUGUCGAUCAUAAUUCCUCCACUCAGCCUGAGUCUAAAUCUGGAAUUCUGUGACUCUAAUGUUAUUGAUCAUUUUUACUGUGAUAUAAUCCCCCUCCUAGAGAUCUCAUGUUCAGAAACAUGGCUCAUAGAGCAGGUGAUCACAGUCUGUGCUGUGUUGACCUUUAUCAUGACCCUGGUAUGUAUACUUCUAUCCUAUGUAUACAUUAUCAAGACUAUCUUAUAAUUCCCUUAUGUCCAGCAAAGAAAAAAGGCAUUUUCUACCUGUUCUUCCCACAUGAUUGUCAUUUCCAUCACCUAUGGAAGCUGUAUUUUCAUCUAUGUUAAACCUUCAUCAAAGGAAUCAGUGGUUAUUAAUAAGGCUGUGGCAGUUCUCAUAGCUUCUAUCGCUCCUAUGCUGAACCCCUUUAUUUACACCCUGAGAAACAAACAAGUAAAACAAGCUUUCAAUGACUUGGUCAAAAGAAUAACAUUGUUUUUAAAGAAGUAA